AUGUCUUCAGCUGUGAUGAAUAGUAGCUCUACUUGUCCAGCAAUUCCAGGUUUGGAUAUAGAAGCUGAAAUGACCAGUGACAUUAACACCAUCAACGAAGGCCUCGGAGACAAGAUCUGUAUAUUUGUACAAUUCUUUGCCACGUUUCUGACAGGGAUUGUUAUAGGAUUCGUCUACGGGUGGAAACUGACUUUGGUGAUUUUGUCAGUUAGCCCUCUCCUUGCUGCAGCAGCAGCAGUUGGAUCAAUCUGCCUGGCAUCAUUCACUACAAAAGAGCUGAUUGCAUAUGCUAGAGCAGGAGCUGUGGCAGAAGAAAUUUUGACUGCUGUCAGAACAGUGGUUGCUUUCAAUGGACAGAUGAAGGCAUUAUCAAUAUAUGAUGUUAACCUAGAGAAUGCUAGGAAAGUUGGAGUAAAAAAAUCCAUUACCACCUACACAUCUUUGGGUUGCAUAGAGUUUAUUUUAUUUGGAGCCUUUGCUCUUGCACUUUGGUACGGAACCAAACUCACAGUGGAGGAGAAAGAGAAUUAUGACAUCGGACGUGUGUUAAUUGUAUUAUUUUCUAUGAUCCGUGGCGCAUUUUUUCUUGGACAGAGCUACCCAUACUUAGAGAGUGUUGCCAAUGCUCGAGGUGCUGCCUAUGAAGUGUACAAGGUUAUCAGCAAGCACCGUCUUCUAGAUAGCAGUGCCAAGGAAGGAUACAGACCAGACAAGCUCAAAGGAGACAUUGAAUUCAAAAACAUCCAUUUCAGUUACCCAUCUAGACCUGAUAUUAAAAUUCUCAAGGGCCUGAACCUGAAAGUUCAAUCAGGGAAGACCAUCGCUCUGGUUGGGUCCAGUGGCUGUGGCAAAAGUACUGCUAUUCAGCUGCUACAGAGAUUCUAUGAUCCAGUCCAAGGAGAGGUUACCUUAGAUGGACGAGAUAUUCAUACACUUAAUAUAAAGUGGCUAAGAGAACAUAUUGGCCUUGUAAGCCAGGAGCCUAUUUUGUUUGCUACAACAAUAGCUGACAACAUUCGCUGUGGCAGAGAGGGUAUUACUGAUUCUGAAAUUGAGAAAGCUGCUAAAGAAGCCAAUGCUUUUGAUUUUAUAUCCAGACUGCCUGAU